GAGCUGCGUGCGGUAACCGGAAGUAGCGUGCGAGUGUUUAGUCACAAUUGCAGCAUGUUAGCAUCCGGACGCGUUUACGGCGCCGCGGUCGAGACGUUUGUAUGAUGCAGCGGGUGCCUCGUGUGUUUGCAGGUGCCCGCUGCUGGAGCGUGAGAGCCGCGGUGCGGCCGCAGCUCGUCGUGGAGCCGCAGCGCCCUGACCGUGUCCGCGCGUAUCCUUCCGCGCGCCGCCGGCCCACUGUGACUGUGGUGCCGGUGAACGAGCGCGUGCCGCGCGCGCGGAGUUUGCCUUUGUGCGCCGCUGCGCAGAAAUCGUGCAGGUUUUACAGCACGGACAACGAGAGAGACUCGAAGACGGAGAGCCGGCCGCGGAUCAUUGUGGUGGGCAUUCCGAACCCCUUCUCCUGGAUCAGGAACAAAGUGCUCAUUUUCCUUGUUAAACUCUACUUUGACAUAAACAUCGCGUCGGCGGACUUCAGCAGAGGUGCGAAGCAGGCCUUGGUCCAGGUGUCCACCUUGAUAUCUCAGGGGAGGUUUGGAGAUCUGCAGGGCUUGGCGUCCACUGAGGCCGUGGAAGGUGCGAGGACCAAGUACGACGCCCUCACUGAAGAACAGAGGCGAAAUCUCGCCGUCCUCCUGGACGAUAUCAUUUUCUUGAUACCGGAGAAUGUGUCCCUUCUUUAUGACAACACAGGUAGGAAGUUUUGUUACGUCCUCAUGAGGUUCUGGUACUUGUCCAACGCAGACGUGCCUGAGGAUCCGGAGAGCACUGUGGUUUUUAAGAGGACUGACAAAGGAGGAGGUAGCGCGGCCAAGAAGAUUGUGACGGCCGUCUACGAGUUUCAGAUGGAGCUGACGGAUGGCUUGGAUCGCGAGUGGAUUGUCACCAAUAUCUGGCACUGGAAGCAGCUGGAGUGAGGGGACGUUGGAGAUCUGCGUGAUGCAACAUAGAUAAAAUAUGGAAGAUUCAGCCUUUGGGACACUUUGUGUUCUCCCUCACCCCAGUUUUCUUUUGUGUCACAUUUGGUAGAUGCAGAAGGCCUCUUCCCAGAAAAUGUUUUAAUGCCAUUCCCAUUCCAUGAUUACUUCACCCCCUCAGUUGCUGCUGCUUUGAAAUAACUUCUCUAAUAGUUCCUUCAACAGUAGUUUCACCCCCAGCAAUAUAACAUAGAAUUGAUGCGUUAUGACACAUCUGAAGGUUCGAUAUUGGUGCUUUGCUUUAAAAAGAGGAACACGCAUUCUAUCUGUCACCGUGUCAAGAGAAAUCGAUGACCCCCUUGAUGUCUGCCAUUUUACAUGGUACGAAACCAUGUACCUUGAGCAUUUCGUGUUAUACCAGGAGGAAUGCUUAUUUCGUACCCUCACUUAACCCAAAUUGCAGUAUCCACCAGGAAGCGUAAAAACCUUAGGUUGUUUGGGAGGAAUUGAAUAAAGUGUCUAAGUGGUUACGAUGAAAAUUGCUGUAUGUUUUUUGACUUGAAGAGGAGUUGACCAAUUGGAAUGUCUGCGUUUUUGUGUAAAUUCUGGCUUUUACCAGCAGUAGGGUUUCAGAGCCGUUACCUGAGAUGUAACGAUAAAAGUUUUGUCAUCAACACGAUUUGAUGUUUUCACCUUUGAUUUAGUCAAGUUGCUUUUCCUGGACAGAUGAACUAUAGGAAUGGAUAUUUACCUUUAUACCUGUUUUUAUUCCUCACACUACAUACCUUAGUGGAAGCAUCAAGAAGGUAGAUUUAUGGAAGGUAUUGAAUGUAUUAACAAUUUUAAUGUUAUUUCUAACCAAAAUUGUGAGUGUGCACUUAACUUUAACCUCCGUGUGAAUUUUGUUUGUCUGUUUCACCCCGUUAAGUGUUCACCAGCUGAGUUGCUUCAAAUUUGAAAAUGAAAUAAUGGUCAAUAAAAUGGUUGA